AUGUACGGCCUGGAUGGAGCAGACCUACAGCACUGUGGACCCGAAGAAGAAGCUGUGAUUUGGGCCGAUGGAACCCGCUCUCACGGCUUGGCAGGGGCCGUGCCAGAUGGUCAUGGGACACUUUGGGAAGAGGGACUGUGCUUCGAAGGCUGUUUCGAACGUGGCUUGCGGGCUCUCACUGGAAAGGUGACGCUGCGAAACGGUGUGGUCUACGAGGGCGAAUUCUCGCGAGAUGGCAGGCGCCACGACCACGGCCGGAGAUUCCUGCGGUGCGGCUGGGACCUCAUCGAAAUCUUCCACAUGCUGGGACGGUGUGUCAAAAUGCGGGUCCUUUGCCUUCGGAGGAACCACAGCAGACACGAAGCAUUGACCAGUGGCUUGGCCAAUGCCCGCAGCCUGCCCACUAUGGGCCUCCCGUUGGCUUGCGCUGGGCCUGAAAAAUCAUGA